GUUUGUAUAUUGCGAAGACGGAAGGUCCGUUUAGUCGCGCGGCUCGGUACGUCGUACAGUUCGCAACGAAAUUAAGAGCAAAGUCAGAAAUACAAAAAUAAAGAGGCAAUAGGCCAAAAUUAACAAUAUAAUCUUACGGGGGAAAAAAAAAACAACACCAAACAAAAUAAUAACAAAACGUGACAAGUAUUUGUUAAUCUCUCUCACCACCUCCCUCUGCUCCAAGUCAAACGGCACAGCAGACAUCUCCCCCACCCUCGCGAAAUUGGUAUUUUUUAACCUUUGAAGUUGUUGUUGUUAAAUUUUUUUUUUUUUACCAUUAUAAAUUCAUUUUCGCGUCGCGUUGAUAAAAUCGGGAAAGAGAGCGCAAAAGAAAAAAAGAAAAGAUAAACGAAAAAACAUGGUGCAACAACAAUCCAAAAAGAAGAAAAAUAAAAAUAAUUUUUUUUUGCAAAUAUGCAAGUGAGAGAAUUUAUUGUUUGUCAAUAUGAACUGAGAAGUGUACAAAAGCAAAAAAUAUCUAAAAGACAAAAGGAAUAACGUGAAAAUAUAAAAGUUUAAGAAUUUCCAAAGCGAAAAGGAAAAACAACAAAAAAACGAAAACAAACUUAUCAAGGAAAACCCCCCCUUCAGUUGGGGCAAAACAAUUGGGGAGAAAUCAACACUGACACAAAGGGGAAAAACAAAAAUAAACAACAUCAUAUUUACUACUACUACUGCUUCGACUUAGUAUGUCCAGUAGCGCCGAAAUGGAUGUACUGAUCACUAGUGUUAUAGACGCCAAUGGACAGGCGUUGCCUCUCCAUGGCACCAGUAUUGGCGCCCCAUUGGGCCCACCCGUCAAACAGGAGCGUGCCGAUGAGCCGGAAAUUCGCGAAUUGGCGGCCAAAAUGAAAGAGCAGCAAAAGCAACAGGCAGCCCAACAGGCUAGCCGUCAGGCCAUGCAUUCGAAUGGUGCUGCACCCGGUGGCGGUGCACCAGGGGGUGGGGGCAGUAUGCAGCCACCCCUCACAAAUGGCAAUGGACAGGCCAACAUUAUGAGUUAUCUCACACGUCAUCAAAAGCUGCCAAAUGGCAACACACAAGUCGUACCCGCCAUGUCGGCAUCAAAUGGUCGUACAUCGAGUGGAGCAAAUGGUGUCAUUGCCGAUGAUAAGAAGGGCAGCGGACCCUGCGAUGAGGAAUCAAUCAAGGGACACUUCGGUUGGGCACAAUUCGGCAAGGUUUUCAUACCAUAUAUAUUCCGGCAAUCGGAGAAAUAUUGCUCAGUUCGCAUGAUUGAGUUGAAGUUACUUGGAAAAUAUUUAAAUUGCCUGCAUCCGGAUAUCUAUUCAAGUUGCACAUGCGUUCGGAGCUAUUAUAUUACGGAUGCGGAGGCUCGUCUCUUCAUUGAGAUCAACCAUAAGCAUUGUGAUGGUGAAUUCGGUCGUGAUAUAUUUACCCAAAAGGAUUUGGUUGUCCGCCUAAGCGAUGCCUCGAAAUUCUAUCAAUUUCUCGAUAUCUGUUAUCGCAAAUUGGUGUCGGGCAGCAAGACACCAUCGGAGAAAUGCGGUUUUAUACGCAUCAAUAAGGAAUCUGUGGUACCCUAUACCGUACGAAAUAACCAGCAAGUUGUCCCGCUCUUCUAUUUCGAAGGUGAAACAGAGAAUCUAAAGACCAAAGCAGAACUUCUCAAUGGCUGGGAUUUGGCAUAUUUGAAGUUCUGUUGCAAAGUCCAAGGCAUACGCAACGAACUCUUCUCCAGCGAGAAUGUGGCUGUCAUAUCGUUAACCGAUAUCAAAAGUUAUUUUCCCAACGGCACGGAAUUCGAGGACUAUUGGCCCAGUAAAGUUGUCGACUCGAAUCUUCUGAUUGGUAAUCGAGCCAAUGUCAAUAACUCGGUCAAUUGGACACGACAGCCAUCGGCUCCGCCCCCGAAAGUAAGCAGUGGCAGUGGUGGCGGCGGCGGGAACUCUAUUAGUGGCAAUGGUGGUAACUCUACCGGCCCAACGGGCAAUGUAGCCAAUUCGAGUGGUGGUGCCAGUCAAAAGACACAACAUUCGGUAACAGCUGCUUUAAUGAAACAACGUGCCGCUGCUGCCGCCGCUGCCAGUGCUGCUGCCAAUGGUGGCGUCUCGAAUCCCAGCAGUUUUGGUCCCGCCGCAGCGGCAGCAGCCGUAUUCAACUCACAGGCUGUGGCGGCUGCUGCAUCAGCGGCGAUGUUGCAACAAUCGCAGGGCAACAAUCGCAUGAUCACCCAGGCCACAGUUCAAGCCCUGGCCAAUAGUGGCUGGAUGUCGGGUGCACCAAAUAAUCUUCAGCUACAUGCCCAAAUGAUGGUACAACAGAGCCAUGCGAAUGCAGCCGCUGCCGGCAAUCGAAUGGGCAGCUAUCGUGAGCACAUGAACAACCUGAUGAUGAGCAAUAGCAAUCGGCAAGGUUACUCCGCCUACAACAAUCCUGCGAUCUCAAUGUCCUCCGUGAACAGCCACGGCGGUGGGGGCGGUGGCAAUGCGCCGCCUCCAUUGGUCCGUUCGGCAGCUGGACAAAAUGCCAGUCACAUGUCAAAUGUCGAGCAAUCACUGGUGCAACAACAACAACAACAACAACAGCAACAGACACAACAACAACAACUACCGCAACAACAACAAAGAACUUAUAACCCAGCACACUCAACCAAUUCCUCCCCACACCACAACAACAACAAUAAUAAUCAUCAACACCACCAACAACAACAACAACAGCAACAUCAUCACCAUACACGUCCCAACAACAACAACAACAACAACAGCAGCAGCAACAACAAUGCGAAAAGUAACAACUCUAAAAGCAACAACAACAACAAUUCACAAGCCGCCGCAGCAGCAGCAGCAGCAGCCGCUGCAGCUGCAGUCAAUAUGCAUGCUCUAUUAGGUGGGAGCAAUCCUUUCAAUUAUAAUUUACCCUCAACCCGUGCCGAUUAUACAAAUUUGGCUCUAUGGAAUCAAUUGACACCCGCCCAACGUUUGCUUUUCACACAGCAAAUGAAAAGCGCUAGCGGUGGUGGCGGCGGUGGCAGCGGGGGAAGCGGAGGAGGAGGAGGAGGAGGAGGAGGUGGCAACAGCAAUAAUGCCAACAACAAUACUUUAAAUCCUGCCAGCAAUAAUAUAAACAAUUGUGAUUCAAAAUCAAAUCAAAUGGGCAAUUUUCCAGCACUACCCUCACUGCCAUUGGAUACGGAUUUGAUAACCAUGUUGGAUUAUAAUAAUCCCAAUAAAACAAAAAACUUGGCCAAAAAUGUCUCAAACACUGGAGCAACUAGUGGGAGUGGGAGUGGGAGUGGAAGUGGGAGUGGCACUUUUACUAAACCAAAUGUGCCACCUUUAAUACCAGAUGAGGCAACUGUGGCAGCUGCUGCCGCUGCAGUUGCCGCUCAACAACAAAUGUCAAAAACCAUGAAGAAUAGCAACAAAGCGGCAGGAGCAGCAGGAGGAGGAGGCGGUGGUGGCACAACAAUACCGUUAAAUUCCACACAAGCUUUGGAGGAUUUUGAAAAGAAAUUCAAUAUGACCGAUGAGAUGAGAGCUGUGAUACAAAAAGUUUUAGCCAAUCCCGAUCUAUCGACAUUUAUACAAACGAAUAAUAAUAAUUCACACCACCACCAACAACAACAACAACAACAACAACAUCAUCAUCAUCAUCAGCAUUUGGCAUCUUCCUAUAUAUCACCGCCAAUGUCGCCAGCAAUUGGUGGUGCACCUGGAGGUGGUGGUGGUGCAACGACACUUUCAUUGGCCUCCAAUCCAAAUGUAACCAUAACUCCACAAUUGCCUCCUGGACAUUUUCUGCAUUCACCCUCCAGUUCGUGUUCCAGUUCAAGUGCCUCAAAUACAGCUGCCUCGCCCUUGGGCAGCAGUACUAGUAAUAGUAAUAGUAAUCAUAAUAAUAAUCUUAAUAAUAAUCACAAUGGUGGCAAUGGUUUUGGUGGUAGCGGCGGCGGUGGCGGUGGCGGCGGUGGUGGUGUUGGCGGCGGUGGUUCAAGGCAAAAGAGUGUAAUCUGCUCAACCAAGGCCAAUAAUUUGCCAUUGGCCAUACUCUCACUGGCCAAUAGUGGCGGCAAUAGUGGUCGAAAUUCCUCUAGCUCCUCCUCUUCUCAUCAUCAUCAUCAUCAUCAUAAUCAUCAUAAUCAUCAUCAUCUUCAUAAUAAUUUACACAAUCAAAAGUCAUCAUCCAACUCCAAUUCCAAUACCAAUACCAAUUCCAAUUCCUCCUCAUUUGUUGGUGGUCGUCAGUCGCUUGGUCAUCAUCAAUUUGUUGAUGGUCUAACACCCACUGAUGUAAUUGAUUUAUCGUCAUCCCGAAGGUCCUUGGCGGCAUCGGCGGCAUAUUUGCAGCAACAUCAGCAGGCAGCUGCCGCCCAACAGCAACAGCAGCAGCAACAACAGGCCGCAGUAGUUGCCGCCCAGCAGCAACUCCGAGCGGCCGCAGUCCAUCAUGCCCAACAGAAUGGACGCAGUGGCGGCGGCACAAGUAGUUCUGGCGGUGGCGGCGGCGGUUCCAGCUCUGGCGGCGGCGGCGGCGGCGGCGGUGGUGGUGGUUCUGGCUCUGGCAGUGGAGCGUCCAGUGGUUCAUCAUCGGCGGCGGCAGCGGCGGCCAACAGUGCGUCUAUGCAUUUACAGCGACAUGCCGCAUUGGCCCAUGCAGCCGCUGCCAAUGCAGCGGAAAGUGCGCAACGCUUGUGCGUCAUACCGGAAAUACCCAGCAACAAUAUGACCCUGCAUCCGUAUAAGGUGCAGAAAGUGUGCGUGGAUAAGCAUCUGGUGCCCUGCAUUAAUAUGAAAGCCUACAACGAUUCCGAGCAACUGAUGACACUCACGGAAUUCCAAAAGAAUUUCUUUCCCACAGUGCCCCUGGAUCAUUGUAAGCGACUGAUUGAGGCUUUAGGAGUGGAGCUCUAUAAAGCGAAUCGGCGACAAGUUCAGAUCUUAAUGGACUAUGAUCGUUCGUAUAAUGAGAAUAUGCCGUUAGUUCAAGUGCGUGAUAUUAUCAAAUAUAUGACGCAAUUAACAUUCAUGACACGCCAUCCGGAGCAGCCGCCGGCAAAACGUACACGCACGAGCUAGGAAUUAAGCUGGGGAGCACAACAUUUGCCACCAACAACAAUAACAACAACACCACUAACAGCAACACCAACACAAGCAACAACAACAACACAAUUAACUACAUUAAACACUACAGGAACAGGAUUAGGUAUAGGAAUAGGAAUAGGAAGACAAGAAAGUUUAGCAGCAGCUGCAGCAACAUCACCAUCAACAACAUUAUCAUCAGCAACAGCAGCAACAGCAGCAGCAGCAGCAGCAUCAGCAAUUGCAGCAGGAGGUUUGCCAUCAAGAAGAAGAGCCUUUACACCGCCAACAGAUAUGCUAUCCAGGCAUCAUCGUAUGCAUUUGGCACCACCGUCAAUAAGCACAGCGCAGCAACAGCAACAGCAGGAACAGCAACGUCAGCAAUUAUUGUUUCAGCGACAGCAACAUCAACAACAGCAACAGCAGCAGGAACAGCAAGAACAGCAA